AUGUUGAGUGAAUCCUCACCUAUUUUUUACAAAGGGGUCUUUGCGAAAUCGUCUACAGACAAACAGAUGGAACUUAUGACAGGAUAUACCGAAUAUAUUGUGCAUACACAAAAUCCAAACAAAGGAAAUACCAGUAAACUAUUUAUAAGAACGCUAGCGGGAUGUUUCACUUCAGUGCUGAUGACAUCGAUCGCAAAAAAGAAAAAAAUGCGUCCAAAAAUAUUUCAUAUAAAUUUGUCUUCAUACAUGCGUGUCUAUCUUUUAGCUUUACCUUCAGAAUUUGCGUUGGCCAAUGUAACAUGCGAGUAUCAGUCGAACACUCAAACGGGUCCACAAGACACCGGCUCUGCUGGUCGCCGGGUGCGCCGAUCGGAAGAGAUACUUAAACAGGCGGCGGAGUUCGUAUCGCGCGGAGACACAUUCCAAAACGUUAGCAUCAAGUUUGAUAUUCCGAUUUCUACUAUUCGCUUCUACAUGGCUCGUAAAGGUAUACUCCCACAAAGAAAGCGUGGCCGAACGGCCAUGUAUCCGGGCAGUGUUACAAGUCGCCAACAAAUGGCGUUAAUGGACUUACCGGCAGCUCCUCCGAUUAUCCAGCAACCGAACCAGAUUGAUGUGCAGCAGUACAAUCAGCAGCUAAAUGAAAAUAUGAUCAUGGCUGACAGGCCUGCCCAAUCUGUUAGUACUGCGAGUGUGGAAAAAAGUGCACUAAACGUUGGAAGUCGAUCACCGUCACCGUCGGGCCCACCGUUUCAUUUUGCAAACUACAAGCUGCCUGAUCUACGGCCAGAUCUGUUGUAGAUUGGUACCUCACUUCACUGACCUCUGUAUA